UGAAGAACAUACCUUUCUUUUCUGAACUUUAUUUUCACAAUACAAAUACUGAACCAUUUUGGUAUGAAUACAUAGGUUUUGGCGCUUCAGUGGAUAAGAUUGUCUGUGGUCCUUAGGCUAAAACAUUUGGAGACUACUACGUGCUAAUGGUUACUCUAUGAAAAGAUCUGCAGCAGGUGAUGGUGCGGUAAUAGCAGAUCAGGUGCAAUGCUGCUCAGCGAUGUCCGGCCAGCUUACAGCGCUUAUAGCAGCGAUAUUAUGGCUCCAGGCCACGGCGGUGCCGGCGGGCAACCACACCUGCACAGGCGUUAUCAAACACCCAGUGAACGUGCUAGUGAAUGUCACCGAACCAGUUACUUUCCGCAGCUAUACCUGGUGCCUCAGGGUCCCUCCUCGCUGCUCCAAGUACACAGUCCAGCUCAAGGAUAGGGUAAAGCUACACGUGGAGAUGCACAACAAGACGAUCACCGUUUGCUGCGAAGGCUACGUGGAGAUGGAGGGGCGGUGCGUGCCCGCGUGCCCCCCUGGGGCCGACUGCCCCUUCAUGAGGUGCAACCGGACCAACCACUGCCACUGCACUCCGGGGUACACCGGCCUCUACUGCAACGAGGCUUGCCCACGAGGGCUUUGGGGAAAAGACUGCAAGCGGCCCUGCGACUGCCCGUCGGGAUACACCUGCCACCAUCUGACGGGAGACUGUUUUGUUGACGACAGACCACCAAGGAGAACAACCACGCCCACAACAACAACAACAACCACCACCAUAACCAGACCAACAACAACCACCACCACUCCAACAACGGAAGGUACAACUUUAGAGACCGUGAAAACUCCCCACUUCAGGUUCCCUCCCCCUCCAUGGGUCGAAUCAGCGGCCGAUAGCAAGAAGACCACGACGCGCCAAGUGAAGAAAGAUGAAUCUCCACCAACGAAAGAGAUGGACGUUAUACAAGAAAUUUUAGACGUGACUACGAUAAAAUCUCAACUAGAAAUUUCUCUACCCACUCUAGCAACAGUGCUGAAUAAAACAAGUGUCGAAAGACCUACAAGCAUUGAACUUUUUCCCCCGCUAUGGAACGAGGAAAAAGUGAACAAGAAAGUUGUAGACGGUAGUACAAAUUUUAAAGAGUUAGAAACGGUUGAAGAAGUUCCAAUAAAGCCGCUGUUACCGACUAUUGUCCUAUCAACGUCUACAGAAAAAGAUGAAUCACUAAUAAAUGAAGAAAACGUAAUAAAGAAAAAUCCAACAUUAUCAAAAGUAAUAACUACACCCAUUCCUACUAGUCCAACGUCAGAAUAUCCAAAUACUUCACAACUUCAUACUGUUACUAUCGAAACAAUAUUGCCAAUUGAUUUUACAGCUAAUAACCAAAAUCAUACCGAACACUCGCCAAUAGACACCAUGGUUCACACACCUGCUCUUUUCGUCACUAGAGCUACAACUAAAUUACCGGACAUUGUAACACAGAGACCCAUCAUAGCUACAGACGCUGUUACAACCCAACAAAUUUUGUAUAGCACGAAACCAGAACAAGGUACUAUCAAAAAUGAUAUCCAAAAGGAAAUAUUUACUACUCCAAUCAGUUAUCAUACAAUAGAAAGUGCUGUGCUAACUACCACUCACGAAAACAUUUCUAGUCUGGAAAAGAAGUCAACAAUAAAUCCACUUGUUUUUCAUUCUAAUGAAUCUCCAAGCACGACAAUUACGACAUCGAAGAAUGAAGAAAUCAUAAAAGAAAAGGAACCUGUGUUAGACAACCAAUAUCAAACAACAACGCCUAUUUUUAUUAAUCCAACGAAAUCAAUUCAUUUGGAAGAAAAACACUUUACAAGUACAUUUUCAGAUCCUGAGACAUCACCAGAAACGAUUGUUUUAAAAACCGAAAACACUCCUGCAAGUUCUACGUUAAAUAAUAAGUUUCCAUUUAUUCUCUUACAAGGAUUCAGUCUGCCACCAUUGCCAUCUACAACAAUUACUUCGUCCUCGAGUAUUCCAAAUCACGAAACCACAAAUAGUUAUCCGGUUUCAACAACACCUACAUCAUCAGCUACAUAUAAUCAAAUUACCUCAAAAAAAUCACGAUUUUCUUUCCCUCCUUUGGUAAAUUUAACCACUGUAGCUUCAACAACUUCAAAUUGGUUAACAACGCCACUAGAUUUGACAACAACUCAUGCUACUUCUACAACCAUUAAAUCUACCAUAACCUAUACAACAACUACUGAAUCACCUACAAUCACUACAUUAAACGCAAGCUCGCCAUUAGCGUUUUCGAGAACAAAGAGUCCUUCGAGCUUUGCAGCAACAAUGAUUCCUGUAGCAAACACUACUCCUUCAACAGCUCCAACUACCACAACUCCUGUAACCUUAGCGGUAACUACUACCACUGAACCAACAACGGUUACUCCAUUGAAGACAGACCCCUCAACAACUGUUACUCCAUUGAAGACAGACCCCUCAACAACUGUUACUCCAUUGAAGACAGACCCCUCAACGACUGCGACGACAUUGAUGACAUCGACUUUUGCAGUUUCUAAAGAAAUAUUUGCAGAAGGAAAUAACGAUGACACGAGUAAACCUCAAAUUGAAGAAACAGUACCAAUACCUACAUUGGCAACAGAUAUUAUUAAGGAUUUCAAUGCACAUAAAAAACUGAAACCUGAUGAGGCAUAUAGUAUCUAUUCAGGCCAAGAUAAGCCUAAAAAGAAACACGAAAAAAUUAAACCUAAAAAUGUAAACGCAAAAGAGUUUCCUUCUAUAUAUCAAACCAAGACUGAAAAGAAUGACGAAAAUGCAAUGCAACAAACGACUAAAAUAUCUCUUAGGAGUAUUCUACAAGCUGAAACGUUUAUAAAUAAGAUCAUAACGACUAAAGCGUCUAGGCCUACAAAAACACAGCCAACGCCAGACUUCAUUGAUAUAAAUUUUGUUACUGAUGAAAGACCUUUCAUAGAAACUGUAAGCGUUGCACCCACGCAAUCAAAACCAAAUCAGAUAUGGCAUGCACUCAAGAAACAGAAUUUUUCUUCCAAUAGCGGAUUGAAAGUGCAGGAAGCAUUGGGCAUUUUGAAAGAGCCAUCUGAAAUUUCAGAAUCGGGUUUCGUCACAACUGAAAUGAAUAGAGUCAUGGAAUCGAAUACAAUUGACUAUCGGCAGAGUUCUGAGGAACCAAUGAAGAAAGUGCUGGCACAAGAGGAGGAGACCAAUUACUCACUCAUCUUCAACAAGAUCAAAUUCAACAUGACAGAGAGCAUCGCGGCCGGAGUCAAGUUGUCCAGAGAGGAGAGCUCCUACUUCCACCUCCCGAUGAUCCUCGUUUUAGGGAUAGCGUUGGUGACACUCCUCCUGCUCACCUUGACCCUCUGGGUGUACCUCAAACGGCGGCGGCAGCGAGCUGAACCAUUUCCUCCUUGCAUAAUGGCAUACGCAAUGGAAGAAACACAACCGAUGGAUUGUGACAGCUACGAUCAGGCAUUCUUCUGCCCUACAUUUACCAACAUCUAUGCGGAAAAAAUUAACCGAGAACUGCGGGAACUGCAUUAUGACCACCCGAGGAGCAGCCAACCGGAGCCACUCUACGCUGAGAUUUUUAACUGACUUCAAAUAAAUAUCGAUUUAUGUAUUAUUUUGUAUGCAAUGGAAAUGUAUUUUUAGAAAUGUAAUUAUUUCAUAAUGUUUGUAAUAAAUGUUUUUUUUUAAUAACAA